AUGCCCUUUUCUGGACAAAAGAUGGAGAAAACGAAUCUUUCCAAUAUUUUCAAAAUUUCAGCCGCCACUGAUGGCGUUCCUAAUAUGAAAGCCUUAGAGAUGAGCUCAUUACUCGGAAUUAGUGCUUCUAUCACAAACAAAUCGAAGACUAGACUUGUGGUAACAUUUCAAUUCCAUACAGCACAGACUUUGGACUUCGUGGAAAGUGGUGCGGCGCAAAUGUUGUUUUCGAAUCUGAAGAUUGAUGACAGAAUCUUCUUCCCGUUGGAUCCCACGAACGACAAUCUCAUGAUAUCAAAGAAGUCGACUUGUCUCGAAAACCACCAUAACAAGAUUACACUACCUGGGGAUCUUCGGAUGAGGCUCAGAAUCCGAGCCAUGGAUAAUGCGGUCUCCAGAAGGGUGCCAGCGUCAGAGAGAAACCGGAGACUAUAUCGACAUUCUCCCGCUCAAAAUAUUUACCUUAUUCUCAAAACUUCCCGUGGAACUCAGAGUCAAGAUAUGGCACAUGUCCUUUUUGGAAGAACGAUUGUGGUUGAUGAGUACCGCAAAACGAUAGAAGGGGGAAAGUCGGACAGAAGUGAAGCGAAAUUAUAUCAUUCAAGAGAAUACUACUGCUACUAUCCGUGCUCGGGAGGAGUACGAUUGCAGAUAUCUCACGAACCUUGUUCUUCCGGAGAACACUUCCGACCAAGUUUUGGUAUAUAUUAUCAUCCGAGAAUUGAUGAGCUAUCGAUACUUUCCCCUAGCGUCUUCAAGAAUGCGAUCCUUUUGUGUCUACCAGUUUUUGGCUUUCAGCUUUCUCAAUUUCGAUACAUGCAGACUCUAGUAAUUCGUGCGGCACACCUGAGUGCCAGGGACAUCGCUUCUUUGAACAACCAUUCGCGCGGCAGACAGCAUUUCUGUUACAGGAGCUAUGAAUGUUUCAGUCAAACCCGGGAAGUAAUGACGUACCCGAGUAAAUCUGUCAUAUCUACCGAAGAUAAUCUGUUCUGUACUGAGCUGGGUAGAAGGCAAAGCUUGGAGGUUCUCAACGGAAUGUUUAACAAAGCCUGUCAACUUGGAAAGAACGGUGUUCAAGCUCCAAGGAUCACGAUCUGCCUUGAAGAUUUUUAA